AGAUUAUAAUCUAAAUAAUCUAAUCCGCACGCGCAAAGCAAGCUGGGAUAACUAUUACAACGUGUUGAACAUAAACAAAAUGGCGACAGAAAGGGGUUGUUAUGCUGUCUUGACCGAUGAAAAAAAACGAAUUCUUUGUGAAUAUUAUGAUAAAGGCAUGACCACAACGUCUCCAUGCAUGCAUGCUUUCAUUGACCAAGCUGCGCAAGAAGCGAAUCUUAGUGUUGAUAAAGUCAAGAAAUGGAUAGGAAAUGAAAGGAGAAAGCGAAAAGCAAGCUCUACUUUUGUAAAUGAUUUGGAAGAGAGACAGUCCAACAAGCCGCCAUCUAAACGUGCAAUCACUGGAUAUAAUCUUUUCUGUUCCCAAAUGAUGAAUUCAGACGAAUGCCAAAUGUUAUCAAGCAAGUCAGCUAAAAUGAAGUUUGCAGUUGAUAAGUGGAAAUCACUUUCAUUGGAAAAAUGUGAAGAAUGGAAAGAAAAUGCUAGAGAACUUGCUAAUAAUUGCACAACAGAGCUAACACCAAAACAAAAAAAGCUCAAGUAUUGAAAGCAAAGAAACAACUAAUAGCACAGUUGUCAUAUUUGGAAAGCCUUGGUUGUGAUGCAUCGGUCAUGAUUUUUGAGCAUGAGUCGAAAGAAAUUAGCCACUAUGGUACUGGCAAAGGUCUGAAGUACCUUAGUGAGAACAAUGAGGCAACAAUAAAGUUUAUGGAAUUUUUUGAAUGCCCGAACGAAAAGUAUUCAGCAUCAGAUGUUGCUGCAAUGUUCAACAGAAAAUACCGUGAGGCUUCUGGAAAACUUUGUGCUCGUGUACCUUACCAUAAGGGUGGGUUUGAGGUAACAGGGUUACCUGAUGGUGUAGAGUUCAAAAAGCCAACUUCCUAUGGUGCUAAUACCAUUCAAGCCAUUAUGAAGAAUUCAGAAAACAUAAAGUUUUUCAUCGUUGAAAAUCAGGCUAGUGACCGUGAAGAAACACUUCAACUCACUUCAAAGCAUUCCCAAGCAUUAACAAAAAUUGUAGACAGUGACAAAAUUGGUAGAAUUUUGUCAGGAGAAACGUCAAUUAAGAAGGACGAUUUAGAAGUUGCUGACCCGGAUUUAUCUGCAAGUGAUUUCCAAGUCCUGAUGACAGAUUUACACAGUCAUUUUGAAAAGGAUGCUAUGUCAGCGCUUAUCGCGAACUAUCAGAGCAGUUUCAGACACAAAGGUUAUAUUCUACCAGUUUACACCGAGACAGAAGACCCAUAUUGGCUUUUCUAUCAUCCUGGGACCGCAACGGAGAUAGAAUCUCUAAGUCCAGAAGACAGCAUUUCAGGAUAUUGGCUGGAUAAAGCGACCUCAAAUUUAGAAUUUAAACUUCUCCAUAAAAAGACAUCAAUCAAAGCCUUAAAUGUGAUUUGUUUUGAUGGCAAUCUGGGGUCGUUGCGGCUGAAGAAACAUUUGCUCCUAUGUAAUCGUACGACAAUAAUUGUUCUACCAGUAGAUUUUGACACUUCAAUUGUGAAGUGUUUGGAGCAUCAGGGAUUUUCUUAAUUAAGUAUAUUGUAGUUAAGAUUUGAAGUUAAUUCAAGCGGCUCUUUGGCAGACUCUGCUGUUUGUAAAUAUCAUAAAGAGAAAUGAGAGCUUCUGAUUGACUGCGGAUGCCACAAGCUCGUCCCAACCCAAAUUUUUAUCGUCAUCAUAGGGAAACACUGCAUUUGUAUUGGGCUUGUAUUUACAAACUAUCUGUUGUUACGUUCAUCAUGUUCUGCUCAAUGUUGUAAUUAAGUAAACCAUGUACAUUAAAGAUUACUUUUUUGAAAUACACCAACAACCGACAUAAUCUAACUUACGUUUGAGUGUGACCAAGCACCCCAAGAUAGGGCAAGGUGAUGUUAGAGUGUUCGUUAGAGCGCAGUUAUUAAAUUAGAAUGUAAAUGAAGCACUCAAAAAUACAUUGGAGUGUGAACAAGCUCUGUGCGUAUGAUUUGUUUCUAAUCUAGUACCCAGUC